AUGGAUUCAAAACCUUAUGCUAGAUUAGUUGGUAGUCUUAUGUAUGCUCAAGUAUGCAUAAGACCAAACUUAGCAUUUGCAGUUGAUAUGCUAUCUAGAUUUCAGAGUAAUCUAUAUAUUCAGCACUUGAAUACAUGUAAGAAAGUUCUGAGAUAUCUUCAAAGAACUAAAUACCACAUGCUUGUUUACAAGAGAGUGAAAAACUUAGUUCUAGUAGGUGAUACUGAUUCUGACUUUGUUGGGAAUUUUCCAAAUUCAAAAUAUUCUACUUGUGGUUAUGUCUUUAUGAUGGCUGGAGGAGCAGUUGCAUGGAAAACCAUGAAACAUACCAUUGUCACCACUUCUACUAUGCAAGUUGAAGUUGUGGUAGUCUAUGAAGGAGUUUGUGAAGGCUUAUGGAUCAAGAAUUUUCUCACAGAAACUGGAAUUUUGGGUGCCUUGAUCUCUAAGAAAUUAACUAUGUACUGUGACAAUGAAAUUGUUGUGUUCUUUUGCAAGAACAGUAAAAGAUCAACUAACUCUAAACACAUUGAUCAUAAGUAUUAG